AUGGCGCCGAAGCAGAGAACAGCGAGGAAGGUGAGCCGGAACCCCGAACUGAUUAGGGGAAUCGGAAAGUACUCGAGGUCCAAGAUGUACCACAAGAGGGGACUCUGGGCCAUCAAGGCCAAAAACGGCGGCGUUUUACCUCGCCACGAUCCCAAACCUAAGCCUCAAGCACCUUCUCAGAAGCCUCCCAAAUUUUAUCCUGCUGAUGACGUCAAGAAACCCCUUGUCAACAAGCACAAGCCCAAACCUACCAAGCUCAGGGCUAGCAUUACUCCUGGAACAGUGCUGAUUCUUAUAGCCGGCAGAUUUAAGGGAAAGAGGGUAGUGUUCCUGAAGCAGCUUCCUUCGGGCUUGCUUCUUGUUACUGGCCCUUUCAAAAUCAAUGGAGUGCCUUUGAGACGUGUGAACCAAUCCUACGUCAUUGGUACAUCAACCAAAGUAGAUGUCUCUGGUGUUAAUGUGGAUAAAUUUGAUGACAAAUAUUUUGCAAAGGAAGCUGAGAAGAAGAAGAAAAAGGAAGAGGGAGAGUUCUUUGAAUCAGAGAAAGAGGAGAAGAAAGUGAUGCCCCAGGAGAAGAAAGAUGAUCAGAAAACGGUGGACUCUGCUUUGUUAAAAGCCAUUGAAAGCGUUCCAGAUUUGAAGGCAUAUAUUGGUGCUAGGUUUUCCCUCAAGCAAGGCAUGAAGCCUCAUGAGCUAGUUUUUUAA